CCUAACCCUUCCUCCUGGGCAGAGCGAGGGCGCGCGCACGGUCAGCGUCCCUGGGCCUCGAACUCGCGGGACUCGACUACCGGGAAGGCCGCGGCACCUGGGCGUGAAUCCGCCGGAACCCGACUGUCGCCAAGCGCUGGCGCCAGAGAAGCGGUGGCGCCUGAAGACGCGCCCCAGGCUCGGCCCGAAGCCUGGCGUGGCCGCCUGGUCCUCUGCAGCCGGUUGGUUUGACUUCUACAAAUGCAGAACUAAGAGGAUUUAAAGAUCAGAAUCUCAGCCCAACAAAAGAUUCAUGGUGGUUUUGCUCUACUUUCAAGAUGCUUUAAGGUCUCCGGCUUUGCGACUGCUCUGAAGCCAGCAAAUCCUCUGACAUGUCUAAUUCGAACGUUGCAGGUUUCAUGAGUAACAUUUCAUUUGUUGCAUUUCCAGUUUCCAGCACCAACUCACCCACAAAGAUUUUACCAAAAACCUUAGGACCAAUAAAUGUGAAUGUUGGACCCCAAAUGAUUAUAAGCACACCGCAGAGACUAACCAGUUCAGGAAGCGUUCUGAUCGGGAGUCCGUACACCCCUGCCCCAGCAAUGGUCACUCAGACGCACAUCGCAGAGGCCACGGGCUGGGUCCCCGGUGAUAGAAAACGGGCUAGAGAAUUCAUAGACUCUGAUUUUUCAGAAAGUAAACGAAGCAAAAAAGGAGAUAAGAACGGAAAAGGCUUGAGACAUUUUUCGAUGAAAGUGUGUGAGAAAGUUCAGCGAAAAGGUACAACGUCCUAUAAUGAGGUAGCCGAUGAGCUGGUGUCAGAGUUCACCAAUUCGAAUAACCAUCUGGCAGCCGAUUCGCAGGCUUAUGAUCAGAAGAACAUUAGGCGAAGAGUUUAUGAUGCGUUGAAUGUACUAAUGGCCAUGAACAUAAUUUCAAAGGAGAAAAAAGAAAUCAAGUGGAUUGGCCUGCCCACGAACUCUGCCCAGGAAUGUCAGAAUCUGGAGAUAGAAAAGCAGAGGCGGAUAGAACGGAUAAAGCAGAAGCGGGCCCAGCUGCAAGAGCUCCUCCUGCAGCAAAUCGCUUUCAAAAACCUGGUACAGAGAAACCGGCAGAAUGAGCAGCAGAACCAGGGCCCCCCGGCUGUGAACGCCACCAUCCAGCUGCCCUUCAUAAUCAUCAACACCAGCAGGAAGACGGUCAUCGACUGCAGCAUCUCCAGUGACAAGUUCGAAUAUCUUUUUAAUUUCGACAACACCUUUGAGAUCCACGACGACAUAGAGGUACUGAAGCGGAUGGGGAUGUCCUUCGGCCUGGAGUCCGGCAAAUGCUCUCUGGAGGAUCUGAAGCUCGCUAAGUCCCUGGUGCCGAAGGCUCUAGAAGGUCAUAUCACAGAUAUAUCCACGGGACCUUCUUGGUUAAAUCAGGGACUUCUUUUGAACUCUACUCAGUCGAUUUCAAACUCAGACCUGACCACUGGUGCCCCCACACCCCAGUCAAGUGUCAACCCCGGGUUGUGCCUGGAUGCGGAAGUGGCCUUAGCGACGGGGCAGUUUCCGGCCCCACGCAGUCACCAGUCCAGCAGUGCGGCCUCUCACUGCUCGGAGUCCCGAGGCGAGACCCCCUGCUCGUUCAACGACGAUGACGAGGAAGAUGACGAGGAGGACUCCUCCUCCCCAGAAUAAAGACAGGAGAACCCACGUGUUACCCUCCGAUGCUCAUGUGUGUUUUUAGUGUGAGCUCUUGUUUCCGAUUCUUGGCCUUUGUUCGCACUGUGUGUUCAGUGAGCGCUAGAGGGACGCGGGGAGGUGACGGCAAGGCUGAGCCGUGGCCAGCAGGGCUGACCUGGGUGGCCGGCGACCACCAGCAGGGCCGAGACCACGUGGCAGACGAAACCUGCUUCCAGAGGACAGAGGGGACUCGUCCCCAAGGAUGGGCAGGGUGGACGGAGCUCGUUUCUCUUCCACGAGGCAGACCUUUGUCUCCCCGACACCCGUGUGAUAGUUCUUAGAGCUGAGGUUGCUGUGAGGACAGCCUUGAUUUAUUUCUCAUGUCCCCUCCUUCACCGGGGCCCCCUUUCCCGGGGCAGACAUGCCCACCAAAGGGCCCCAGUGGGGGCUGUCGGUGAGGGACGCAGACAGUGAUCCUCGCAGCCUAAGCGCAGAGCGAGCUGCUGAACUAGGGGGAGUCUAGUUGAGGUGCUUGACGCAUCUGCUGCCUUAGACAGCUUCUAGAAAGGAGCGAGCGCUAAUUCUUAAGUACUUAAGUGACACUUAGAAUAAUUUAUAGUAAAAUGGAAAUUAUCCUUACUAGCCAAUGCCUGGGUGCAUAGAAUUUCCUAGGGCUCCUUCUGGAAGCCGAGAUAGAAUAGCGUUUCCAUGUGCAUUACACACUUCGCCAGCACUGCCUUCCGCCAGCAUUCCCUGUCGGGGAUUUUCAGAGGAGACUACAGUUGGAAUCAAAGCUAUGCAUUCAUCCAGCUUUUCCAUUAGAACCCAGCCGAGGAACAAAUUCCCAUGACCGAGUCGCUUGCCUACCGCCCCCUGCAGUCACUGUAUGGUUGAUUUCUCCCGAUGUGCAAUUUGUGAACAUGAACCAAAUGUCAUUAUUUUUGUCUUAAAAGUCUAUUUCAAGAAUAUGAACAGCA